GUCCCGUGGCAGUGAUCAGCGGAGAGGAGGAUUCUGCCAGUCCCCUCCACCAUAUCAACCACGGCAUCACGACACCCUCGUCCUUGGACGCUGGCCCGGACACGGUGGUGAUCGGCAUGACCCGCAUCCCCGUCAUCGAGAACCCUCAGUACUUCCGACAAGGUCACAACUGCCACAAGCCAGACACGUAUGUCCAGCAUAUUAAGAGGAGAGACAUCGUUUUGAAGAGGGAGCUGGGAGAAGGUGCCUUUGGGAAGGUGUUCUUGGCCGAGUGUUACAACCUCAGCCCCACCAACGACAAAAUGCUGGUGGCAGUGAAGGCACUGAAAGACCCCACCUUGGCAGCCCGCAAGGAUUUCCAGAGGGAGGCAGAGCUGCUCACCAACCUGCAGCACGAGCACAUCGUCAAAUUUUAUGGCGUGUGUGGUGAUGGCGACCCACUCAUCAUGGUCUUCGAGUACAUGAAGCACGGUGACCUGAACAAGUUCCUGAGGGCACAUGGCCCAGAUGCUAUGAUCCUCGUGGAUGGGCAGCCUCGACAAGCCAAAGGGGAGCUAGGGCUAUCCCAGAUGCUCCACAUCGCUAGCCAGAUCGCCUCUGGAAUGGUGUACCUUGCCUCCCAGCACUUUGUCCAUAGAGACCUGGCCACCAGGAACUGCUUGGUCGGAGCCAACCUGCUGGUGAAGAUUGGAGACUUUGGGAUGUCAAGAGAUGUCUACAGCACUGAUUACUACAGGGAAGGGCCGCGUCCGAAGGGCCAGUUCAGCGCAGCGUGGCAGCGACAGAGACCGGCAGCUGCAACAGUUGGAGGACACACCAUGCUGCCAAUCCGCUGGAUGCCUCCGGAGAGCAUCAUGUACAGGAAGUUCACAACAGAGAGUGACGUCUGGAGUUUUGGGGUGAUCCUCUGGGAGAUCUUCACAUAUGGGAAGCAGCCCUGGUUUCAGCUCUCAAACACAGAGGUUAUUGAGUGCAUUACCCAAGGCCGAGUUUUGGAAAGGCCUCGAGUCUGCCCCAAGGAGGUUUACGACAUCAUGUUGGGCUGCUGGCAGAGAGAACCUCAGCAACGGCUCAACAUCAAGGAGAUCUACAAGAUCCUUCAUGCUCUGGGCAAGGCCACACCAAUCUACCUGGACAUCCUUGGCUAGCAGUGGCCACUUGUCAAAAGUCCCUGCUCCUUCUUUCCGUCCUUCCUUUCCUCUCCCCAUCCCAAGUCCUUUGCCCCUCAGCUCCUGAGCAAACAUCUUCAUAUAAACUCAAGUGCCUGCUAAACAUACAACACUGAAAAAACAAAACAAAACAAAAAGCAAACCAACAAAAAUCCCACAAAACAGCAACCUGUAAGGCAGUUUGGCUUAUAUA